AUGCGAUUCCACGCUGCAUCAUCAUUGGCUCUUGCCACUGCGGGAACUGUAUCUGCCGUACCUUCACCUUCUGCAACUGGGACCGAUGCCUGCUACGUGACGAAGUACGCCGAUAUCCCGGCUGCAGUCGCAGCUUGCACUUGCAUAACACUUGAUGGCAUCACCGUUCCUGGAAACUCAAGUAUCGAUCUUACGAAGCUGAAGACUGGAACCAAGGUUACGUUCAAAGGAAAGACCUUCUGGGAGUACGCCGAUGCAAACUAUGCCUUCAUCAAGGUGGCAGGUACUAAUGUCGAAAUCACUGCCGAAGAAGACGCAGUACUUGAUGGCAAUGGUCAGGCUUGGUGGGAUGGCUUGGGUAGUAAUGGAGGCGUUACCAAGCCAAACCACUUCAUUGAGGUGAAGGUGCUUGGAAACAGUUCAGUACACGACAUCUACAUCAAGAACUACCCGGUGCACUGCUUCAGUAUCAGCAACAGCGCUGGUCUGGAUGUCCACCACAUUACGCUGGACAACAGCGACGGAUAUGCGCCCAACAACCGCUCCAACGGUCUUCCUGCAGCACACAACAGCGAUGGAUUUGGUCUGAGUAGCACCAAUCAUACCAAGGUUCGCGACAGUGUCGUUAUCAACCAAGAUGAUUGUGUAGCUGUCACUAGUGGAGACAACAUCCACGUCAGCAACAUGUACUGCAAUGGUAGCCAUGGUCUGUCCAUCGGGUCUGUGGGUGGAAAGUCAAACAACAACGUAACAAACAUCUCAUUCACAAACUCCGUGGUUCUUAACGCCGAGAACGGAGCCCGCAUCAAGUCGAAUUCCAACACUACCGGUUUCAUCUCCAACAUCCACUACGAGAACAUUCGCGUUGAGAACAUCUCUAUCUACGGAAUUGACAUCCAGCAAGACUACCUAAACGGUGGGCCAACUGGCAACCCCACGAACGGUGUCAUCAUCCAAAACAUCACUAUGAAGAACAUCUUUGGCACUGCAACUGAGGAAGGAAAGAACUACUACAUCCUCUGUGGAGAAGGAAGCUGUAGCGACAUCAAGAUCGACAACGUUCGUAUCACUGGAGGCGGAAACGAGAGUUCAUGCAACUUCAAGACGGAGGGUAACUUUGACUGCGACGGACACUUUGUAUGA